AUGAGUGUCCAAGAAGUUACCUUCAAGUCUUUCACAGACCAAAAGCCCGGAACAUCAGGGCUGAGAAAAAAGGUCGUCGUCUUCCAACAACCUCACUAUAGUGAAUCCUUCGUUACCAGCAUCCUGCUCUCCAUCCCAGAAGGAGCCAAAGACAGUUUCUUGGUCAUUGGUGGUGAUGGACGAUACUGGAACCCCGAGGUCGUGCAGUUGAUCGCGAAGAUUGGAGCUGCCUAUGGAGUGAAGAAGCUUCUGAUCGGUCAGGGCGGUAUCUUGAGUACACCUGCUGCUAGUCACAUCAUCCGCAAGCGCAAAGCUACCGGUGGUAUUCUGUUGACGGCCAGUCACAAUGCAGGAGGUCCCAAGAAUGACUUCGGUAUCAAAUACAACCUGGCGAAUGGUGGACCAGCCCCUGAAUCAGUCACCAACAAGAUGUUCGCAACCUCCAAGACCCUCACGUCCUACAAGAUCGCAGAUAUCCCCGAAAUUGAUAUCAACACAAUCGGCACCAAGACAUAUGGUGAUCUGGAGGUGGAGGUUAUCGAUUCAGUUGCGGACUAUGUCGAGAUGUUGAAAGACAUCUUUGACUUCCCCCUGAUCAAGAAGUUCUUCGAGUCUCAUACCGACUUCAAGGUUCUUUUCGAUGCUCUCAGUGGUGUCACUGGCCCAUAUGGAAAGGCCAUCUUCGAGCAUGAGUUUGGCCUCUCUAGCGCCAGCACCCAAAACUGCAUCCCAUCUCCAGACUUCAAUGGUGGUCACCCAGAUCCGAACCUUACCUACGCACACUCGCUGGUCGAGGCUGUCGACAAGGGAAAGAUCCACUUUGGAGCUGCUAGUGAUGGAGACGGAGACCGUAACAUGAUUUACGGUGCCAAUGCAUUUGUCUCUCCCGGAGAUAGUUUGGCCAUCAUUGCUCACCACGCUCAGCUCAUCCCAUACUUCAAGAAACAGGGUGUGUAUGGCCUGGCCCGCAGCAUGCCAACAUCUGGUGCUGUCGACCUUGUUGCCAAGGCUCAAGGAUUGAACAGCUACGAGGUGCCGACAGGCUGGAAAUUCUUUUGCGCCCUUUUCGAUGCCGAUAAGCUGUCGAUCUGUGGUGAGGAGUCUUUCGGUACCGGUAGCAACCAUAUCCGUGAGAAGGAUGGUCUUUGGGCUGUUGUCGCCUGGUUGAACAUCAUUGCUGGUAUCGGAGAGGCCAACCCAGAGAUCACUCCGAGCAUCUCCAAGAUCCAACAUGAUUUUUGGAACAUAUAUGGACGCACUUUCUUCACGCGGUACGAUUACGAGAAUGUCAGCAGUGAGGGUGCUGCUCAGCUGGUCAAGGAUUUGACAGCUAAAAUUGAAGACAAAUCAUUCAUCGGGUCGACGGUUGCUGAUCGCAAGGUUGCCGAUGCCGGUGACUUCUCGUACACCGAUCUCGAUGGUAGCGUUUCGCCCAACCAGGGUCUAUAUGUCAAGUUCUCUGACGGAUCCCGUAUUGUGGUCCGUCUUUCAGGAACUGGCAGCUCCGGCGCCACUAUUCGUUUGUACAUCGAGAAACACACCAGCGACACCAAGUCAUACGGCUUGGAUGCCCAGGACUUCCUAAAGCCGGAUAUCGAAUUGGCUACAGAACUUUUGAAGUUCCAGGAGCACAUUGGACGCACCGAGCCUGACGUGAAGACAUAA